AUGCUCCACUUGGCAGAUCUUCCAAAGGCUCAAGUCACUCUGCCAUGCCGCGUGAACUCUUGCACUGCUGAACUGUGCGGUGCGGCGUGGGAGACCACGACCAUAAAAAGAAAAGGGAUGUCAGGCAAUGGCAUGUUUCAGCUGAUGUCCGGCAUCGUCGGGUCCACAGGAGAUGCCACCGGCCGCAUGGAGAAAUUCACGGAGCUGGUGAGAAGCCUUGUGGACCAGCAUGAUGUGCAACAGCUGAAGGAUUUGGUAGACUGCAUGCUGGCGGAGGAAUCCAGCUUCGCCCUUUUUGCACGCCCAGUGCUGCAGCAGGUCGCCGAGAAGAUGGAGAAGCUGAAGAACUCCGAACUGAAGGAGUUAGCUCGCCAUACCUUAGACCGCCUGCGUGGCCGGGUUGUUUCCUUUGAGGAGGAGGACUUCGUGAUGCGAGAACUUCUGUCUGAAGUCUUCCAAGCCGAAGGGGACUGGGCUGAGGCAGCAAAAUGUUUGGCUGCAAUCAACCUCGAGUCAGGAACUCGGUGUAGGACUCCGCUUCAAAAGGCGGAAAAGUACGUGAAGAUUGCAGAGUUGUACUUGGAGGAUGACGACCCGGUAGCUGCAGACACCUUCUGCUCUAGAGCAGCCAUGGUGAUGCAUGAGGUCAAUGACACCCCGCUACUGCUUCGUUACCGAGUCUGCCAUGUCCUUGUGGCAACUGCGGUGCCUGCGGCCCUUGCGGAAACUGUGGUGGUUGUGGCGCCUGCGGCGGCUGCAGCAAUUGUGGCGCUUGCGGCGGCUGCAGCAAUUGUGGCAGCUGCAGCAAUUGCAGCGGCUGUGGUGGGUGUGGAUGCAGUGGUUGUGGAUGUGGAGGAGGGUCCUGUUGAGCAGACCAUCCGGAAAGGCAAAGGUAAGGGAAAGCGAGCUCCCAAUGCUGAGCAUUGCUUGCCACCCAUCCAUCCGGAGGUAGAGGCGCUUUGCAAAAAGUUUGCCAUUGAGGAAAAGAUUAUGCGGCGACUUGAUGAUGUGAUGAGAACCAGAGAGGAUUCUUUCGAAACCGAUCUCAAAGCUCUCUACGAGGUUUGUGAGUCAGCGAAGAAGCCUUCUGGAUCUUUGAUGGUCAAGAUUGGGGAGCUGGAAAGAGGCUGCUUCACAGGAGCUGACAAGCUGGAUCAGUGCAUGCUCACCUUCAGGAGCAAGUACAAGCUGGAUGAUCGAGCUCUUGCGAGGUUUGUGGAAGUUUGUCACCCUCGCAGCCAAAAGUUGGAUGACAUUCGACAAAUGGAGAAGUACCUGAAGAACGCGCCCAAUCCGUCACAGGUAGUUAUUCCUCUUUUGAUGAGAAUCGAGAAGGAAGGACGCUUGCCCAGUCCAGAACGGACCAAAGACAAAGACAAAGAGCGCAUAGGUCUCGAAAGCGUGAAUCGCGCUCCAGAUCACGCUCAGGCUGACCUGCUUCAACUGCUAAAGUGCGCAGUGACCUGUGCAAUUCUGGCACCUGCUGGGCCACAGCGUUCCAGGAUAUUGGCUUCACUCUGCAAAGAUGAGAGGAUACGUGCAGUAGAACACUUUGAGAUCCUCCAAAAAAUGUUUAUGGAGCGCCUCAUUCGAGGCUCCGAGGUGCACAAGUUCGAGGAUGGCCUGUUACCGCACCAGAAGGCAACAGGCCCAGAUGGCUCAACGGUUCUGGAAAGAGCAGUGUUGCAGCACAAUGUUCUGGCUGCCUCCAGAGUCUACAAGAAUAUGCGACUUCCGCAGCUCGGGCAUUUGCUGGAGGUGUCUCCUGAGCAUGCCGAAAAGAUUGCUGCGAAGAUGAUCGCAGAAAAAAGAUUGGCAGGUUUCAUUGACCAAAAAAGCGGUGUGAUCCACUUUGAAGGCACAGAGAUAGUCGAUCAUCGACUUGCCAAGUUUUGUCAUUUUGUUUUAUCGGUUAUAUGCAUAUAUACAUUAUAUAAUAUAUUCGCAUAUAUAUAG